GUAGCAGCAGGGUUUUGCAUCUAUCCACUUCUACCCACGCGACCCUUGAAGUAGAUAGAAUAGAUGGAUUAGUCAGCUGGACUGAGAUAGAGUUGAUAGAAUAGAGAGCUAUUCUAUCAACGUAGAUACCAUUCACGUAGAUUGUUCACGGCUUAGCGGAUGAAAUAUGUUCCGAUAACAGGACGCUCACGACAGCUGAACACUUCUACCUAGCCACAAGCCGGUCACCUCAUGCUAUGCCACCUUCAAUUUGAAGUAACAUUUCAUCCUCAAGCGCCUCAAUGCCUGCAUCUCGGAGGGCGGCCGAUUUCGUUAUAAUCAUCCAUCAAUCCGGCUUUCACCCACGAUCCAAUCGUCUGGGCGGCAGAGAUCACUUCAGUCCCGAGCCGUGUCUGUCGUGUCGUUAGCAUGCAGCCAACAGCGGAAAAUAUUCUUGCACACUCGGCUGCCAUCGGCGGGACGUUGAGCACGUCAAAGGCCAUCUUUACCAAUCGGGAAUAUUCGAAUCGGCGGUCCACCCAGUACUUGAUGGGGUCGGCCUUUGAGCACUUACAUCAUUCAACACUAGCCAGGGGUGUUGUGAUGGCAGAGCCAGGCACGCGGGAAGGUCACAUGUGACCUGUCACAUGACCAAGCCCGGCCAGCAUGGGGUGGGAUACAGCGGAAGAGGUCGGAAUGGCACUUCCGUAGAGGGCUUAGGGGGCAGUGGUGGCUAGGGCGGCCUCGAGGAGGCUGUGCGAGGUAAAGUGCCCAGAUAUUAGUAAUCACUUGGCAAUCUACCCACUUUGAAUCUAC